ACAUGAUGUGCCAACAUGAAGAAGAUAAGGUGGCUGAAAAACAACACCUGGUAGCUCCACCUUGCCAUGGCGAAGUUAUCCGCAGUUGCAAACACAUUUACUCCGUCACCAAUUCAACAGCUUUCCCUCUUAGCUCAACAGUCCAACGCCAUUAACCUCGCCGAAGGCUUCCCUGACUUCCCCGCUCCGGCCCAUCUCAAAAACGCUGCUGUUUCCGCCAUUAAUUCCGACUUUAACCAGUACAGGCAUGUGCAAGGAAUUUGUGAUGAUGUGGGGAGAAUGAUGAAGCAAAUGCAUGGUUUAGAUGUUGAUCCUCUUACUGAUAUAGCUAUUUGUUGUGGCCAGACUGAAGCUUUUGCUGCUGCAAUCUUUGCCGUGAUUGACCCUGGAGAUGAAGUUGUCCUGUUUGAUCCUUCAUAUGAAACAUAUGAGUCGUGCAUCAGAUUGGCCAGAGGAAUUCCUGUAUUUGUAGCUCUUGAUCCACCCUACUGGACCUUGGAUGCAAACAGAUUUAUGAACUCGUUUACUAGCAGAACAAAAGCUGUGAUAUUAAACAGUCCUCAGAAUCCAACUGGGAAGGUUUUCUCGAAAGGCGAGCUCGAGAUCAUUGCAGAGGCAUGCUGCAGAAAUGACUGCAUAGCUAUAACAGAUGAAGUGUACGAGCAUGUCACAUAUGACGAUGCAAAACAUAUUUCUCUUGCAUCACUUCCGGGAAUGCAAGAGCGGACUAUCAUCACUUCAUCCUUAUCAAAAACUUUUAGUGUCACAGGAUGGAGGGUAGGAUGGGCAAUUGGUCCAGCUUUGUUUGCCUCUGCCAUCAGAAACAUCCAUGUUAAAGUUACCGAUUCCGCUCCUGCACCUUUCCAAGAAGCAGCCUUGACUGCUUUAAAAAGUCCCCCAGAAUACUAUGAUUCAUUGAGAAGAGAUUAUGAAUCAAAGCGAGAUUGUAUCAUGAAUUUGCUUGCUGGCAUUGGUUUUGAGAUUAAGUUUAAGCCUCAGGGUUCAUUCUUUUUAUUUGUUGAGCUUCCUGAAGCUUCUCCUCUUUCUGAUAUGGAAUUCGUUGAGAAAUUAAUCAAAGAAGCCGGAGUGGUGGCUGUACCAGGUUGUGGAUUCUUUCACCCAAAUUCAUCGAUGAAGGCAGACUGUCAGUACCAGAAAAGGUAUAUCAGGUUUGCUUUCUGCAAAAGCGAUGCUACAUUGGCUGCUGCAGCAAAAAACCUUGGUCGCCUUCAGUUUCUAUAGGCUCUUUCAAGCUGCAAUCACUUGUUAAGAAAAAUCAUAAAGCUCGGAUUAUCGAAAAUGGAGCUGACUGUAUGCAGUUCAAUUAUCGAAAAUGAACAAAACCAAGUUUUUGCUGAUCACUGAUGACGAACAUGAUAGCCUUAAACAAUUCCCAGCAGAGGAAGAGCAUAAAUCCAGAAAUUUUUCGAAUGAAUGUUUUAAUAGAAAUGUGUAUUGCUUUUUAACCAUUUGUAUGGAUGGAGGACAAUGAGGAUCAAUCAUUUUAAA